AUGUUUUUUUGUGCAUACUUUCAGGUUGAACAGUUUUAUUUUAAAGUCAAAGACAUUCUAAAUACACUUGCCGAAUCCAAUGAAGUUGCAAAACAAAUCAAAAAUGUUGACAAUGAAGAAUUAUUUUUAGCAAAUGAUCUUAUUACAUUAAAUAUUCGUGGUAAAAUUCUCUUUACAUCUCGUUCAACUCUUUUACGUAUUUCAAAUACAAAAUUAUCUCGUUUAUUUACGAAUGAAACAAAUAUUGAUAAAUUAAAACGAGAUCAAAAUGGUCACAUUUAUUUUGAUUAUAAUCCAAUAUUAUUUCGUCAAUUAUUAAUAAUAAUUGGAGAUUAUGCUAAUAAUCUUGAAAGAUUAAAUGGACUAUUUAGAUUGUGCUCUGAAGAAUUUAAAACAUUUGUUUACCAAUUAGGUUUUGAUGAUUAUUACGUUAAUGGGAUAACAAAUUUACAUGAACGAUUUUGGAGAACAAUUGGCUACGGAGCUAAAUUAGAUGAAAACAAGAGAAUCGUUCAACAUAUCAAUAAAUCAUGGUGGAAUAAAAGUGAACCAAUUAUCAUAGGUAAAAAUUUGUAUUCAAAUGGAAUAGCUCGUUUACAAUUCAUUAUUGAAAAACGUCAUAGACGAAUGUUUAUUGGAAUUAUGUCAUCAUCAUUUACGAGAAAAUAUUGUGAUGAUUAUUAUCCGUCUGUGUACGGUUGGAAUGAAUGUUUGAUAAUUAAUGGUCAGGAACAAUAUGUUGACAAAAAAUUUAGUUUUACACAUUUAUCUAUUCUACAAGGUGAUACAAUUGAAUUGGAAAUAAAUUGUUUAGAUAGAAAAAUAAUGCUUCUAAAUAAGCGAUCACGUAUAAACUAUGAAAUAUUAAUCGAUUUAAAUAAUUGUCCAUUACCGUGGGUACUACGUCUUCGACUAUUUUAUCCGGAUGAUAAAGUUGUAUUAUUAAAUCAAGAAAGUUAA